CGCUAUGUAUGAAUAUGUAAAUAUUUCUAUAUAGUUUAUGACAGUUUUGUUUUUACGAGGCAGCACAGUGCACUUCACAACUACUUGCAUCCUAUUGAAAACAGACUAAAAACAAUUCUGAUUCUUUGGUGGGGCACCAUGUUCAGCUACUUGAAGUCAUUGAUCGUUGGGUCCGAGGAUGACAUGUGGCCGACGGGAUCCUUUUGGCGCAUAUCCGAAGAUGGUAUACCCAAAAGUGUAUUUGUAGAUGCUAUGAUUAAGUGUACAGAGAUGCCCGAACACCUCGGUAUAUACCAAAUAACAGUCACAGCGUUUGCAUCUAGUGUAGAUAGGACCAAUGUUGAUGAUGCUGGCGAUAGUAGUGAUUCUAGCUCGGUGUAUACCUUUCCUAUAAAAGUGGCCAUGUGUCUGCAAGAAGAGGUGAGAGCUGAAGGUGACUUUGUGUCAUGGUACUCACUGCAGCGGCGGGGCGAAAAGUACGCAUUCAGGUUUGAUGAUAAUAAUAGCAAACCUACCACCAUCAAUUUCUUCAAGG